CUUCAACAGUCUAAAAUUGUUCGUAAAGAAGAGCAAUUUUGUUUUAAUGUAAAAGUGUAAUGUUAUAAAAGAUUUAUCAUCAAAAAUGAUUGAAAAGAUCGAAAACAAUCCCAAAUACAAGUGAAUGAAGCAGGCAAGCCGCUGUGUGAUCGAUGUGUCAAACGUUGUUUACACCUCGAGCCCCCUACGGAAGACGGCUUUGUUUGUGAGCAAAAGCUAGCCGCUGGUAGCACAAUUGCCGGGUGUUGUUGCGUAAAAUUAAUCACAAUUUUAGCUGCGGAAAACCCCGAUGAGACGGACCCGUAUUUCCUAUCAGCCCCCUGCUUAGUUUUGUGACGGUGACUGUGUAUUAAGGGUGCGGAAAUGCGGAUGGCGGGCACAAUGAAACCAAGCCCCAAAAAGUCCUCCUCGAAGGUGAAACAGCGCACCAAAUCUUCGAGCAGUGGCACCAACGCAAACAACAACAACAACAACAGCAGCAGUACUCCCAGCUCCAAUCAGCAAAAUGCCGCCGGUACUGCCGUGUCCGGUGCCGGGCAAACGUCGGCAGCCAACAGCAAUCAGAGCCAACAGCAGCACCUACAUCCACCACCGAAGCAGGCUGUGCCGCACAGUGAUUCGUCCGGGAACGAUGUGUCGAAUAUGGGUUCGGCCAAGGACAAGACUUCAUAUAAAUCGUACGCCGGGCUUAGUUCACGCUCCGUGCGGACUGCCUGGGAGCAGCACGACAAGCAGGAGACGGAAGUAGCGCCCGAUGUGUACACCAAGCUGGCGGAAGAUGCUACCUACAAGCUGUGGGAGCUGACCAAUAGCAUCAAAACAUACAGCCGCCAUUCGAGCGGGCGCGUUACGUUCGAUCUGGUGAACGAGGUGCUGAAGGAUUCCGACGUGCCACCGAUCGUGGGAGCAAACAGUCAACCGUGGGACAAGAUCGAAUACGAUGGUGCAUACUUUUUCAACUCGGAUGAGGUGCUUGAUUUGCGCGAGGAAUACAUCAAACACAUAUCGCUGGAGCAGCACAAUGUGCCAGUGCUUACCACCACCUGGAUGGCGGAGGCAGACAUUGCGGAAGAUCUCAUUGCGAUGCACAAUAACAUAUGCGAUGCCAUUUUUAUAGGCGAUGAAGCGAGCUUCAACACAGCGAUCGACAUACUGCAAUACAACCGGCACACACCUUCGCUGAUGAAGCUGCUGCUAACGAAAGCGAUCGAGAUGCUUGGCUUCGAGUACACCGAGGCAACGUUGCGGCGCACGUUGGUGUACCUGGAAGCGCUGGUGCAGAACUACCACGUGGCGCAUUCGGAUCUAACGCUGGAGCUAAGCCUGCUGAGUCAGCUGUUCGUCAACUUGCUCGUUGGCCCAGCCGGAUACGUUCAUGCGAAGCUAAUGCAACCGAAUGAUCCCGUUCCGAGACCGGUAACGUCACUCGUUGGCAGCGAUCCGCAACAGCAACCGCAACAGCAGCAGCAGCAACAGCAGCAGGUGCUGGACAACAUAUCCCCCCUGUUUAACAAUCCGAUGGCGCUGCUGGAGAACAACUUACCGCCGGCGGAGGACUCGAACAACUCCAACUCGAACGCCACCGAGGAGCUUCUGCGCAGCAUCGAAAACAUUAAGGACGGGGCGGACGGGAUCGAUCUCAACAACAAGGACGAUUACGAGGCGCUCUUCUCGAUGGUGCUGGGCAAGCAGGAGGGCGUGGACGAGGGUAUGGUCGGCACGGAAUCGAUGGCCGACGGUGUGGUGGAUGGAUUUCAGGUCAAGUCGGAAUUCGACCCCGAAGCGUUCGAGGCCAACGCGUCGAACUUUAUCGUACAGCAAGCGUCCGGGUCGGUGGUUGGGCCGGGCGGACACACCGCCCAUCCCGGCACAAUGGCCGAUCCGGGCAUGCUAACGAACGAGAUGCUUAACUCGCUCGCUGCUAGUGCGGCGGCUGCUGCUGCUGCGGCAACGGGAGCAUCGGUAAACAGUGAUAUGGCCAUGUUUCAUAUCAAACCGGACCCGGGUAAGCCGAAGCUUGAUUCCGGCACGCCGCCCACCAUCAUCGACGCCGAUCCGGAAGAGAACGUUAGCUUACCAAUGUCCGAGAGCAGCGAUGGCGGCGGCGAGGUGAACAAUCCCAACUCGACAACGCUGGAAAGUGAAAACAUUACCACGCUGAUCUGUGAGGACUAUCUGGUGGAUGGUGUCUGCCGGGUGGUUGGAUUGUGCGCAAGUAAAUGGGGCUUUGUGGAGCAGGAGUGCACGUUUCUGCUCGUGGAGCGAUUGCAGCGCUACUUUCAAGAACGGAAAACGGCCACCGUGGACUACAACUGGUUGUCGCGCAUUUUUCGUGGCUUGUGGGCGAUCGGGGAGUUUGCGCUGAGGGAACUGCUGCCCUACUUUUACUACAUCGACAGUCAGACGAUCCCGGAGUGUUUGGUACCCCAUUUUAAUACUGCAGGAAUUUUCAUGAACGGCCGUUCGGACAUCUUUUUCUACGAAUAUUUGUACGACAUUUGUGGGGACAGUUUGGGACCGUUUAUGUUCAGCUACGAUCAAUACAUCGAAAAGCAGUGCUUGAAGUACCACAGGAAAAGGCUAAAAAUUAUAGCCAACAAAAGCUGCUAUAAAGUUGCGGCAAAGGUAGUUCCCAAGCGGUUGCCUGCCUACAUCCCUCGGGCAGCUAAGGCAAAACCCACCCUACAGGAAGCGUUUGAAAACCACAGCGAAAAGCGAUUGCCGCCACUCUCGUCUCCAAAUCAAGCUCCAAAGGCACAGUUUGGGUUUCGGUUUGCCGGCUGCCGGCCAAUUCCGUUAAAAACGGCACAAAGUCGUCAGAAAUCCGUAUCUGCGGCAGCGAGUGCAUCCAUCACAAACAGCAGCAUGCCGCUAGGAACAGAAACGGUCGAAGGAAUGCUGAAGCAAAAUACUCCACUGUUGAGCUCGUUCAACUCGAAAAUAGUCGUAGCGCGAAGGCGACUCCUUUCACCGGCUACAAAUGAACCGCCAAAGCGGCACGUGUUUUGUUACGGAUCGUGCACGAUUUAAAUGUUGAACUGAAAGUGCAGCGUAAUAAAUUGGGAACUACUUAAAAUA